GUCCGGUUCUAACGCUCGGCGAGGAAUGGCGGCUGCAGCUGAGGGGUGGCUGUGUUGCCUUGUUGUGCUUUUUUAGUGCAACACUGCAGGUAAAAUUUUAUAAGAAGGAAAGAAGAUUCAAUUCAUCGAACCUACCAAUACUCAAAAUGGUCCGUGGCAAGCCAGAAACAUGGACUGUUCCAGAAGUUGGUGCCUGGCUUGAGGGACAAGGCUUUGGGCAGUACAAAGCAGCAUUUAUUCAUCACAAGAUCAGUGGAGACAUUCUCCUCCUGUUGUCAGAAAAAGACCUCAAGGAAGAUCUAGGAGUUAUGAUCCUUGGGGAUGUCAAAAGAUUACACCUAAGCAUUACCAAACUGCAGCAAGAACAUCGCUCGCCUGAUUCCCCUGCUCCCGCAAAAAAUAUUUCUGUGCCGUCCAGCAACACUGGAUAUCCAUGUCAGCAUCACAGUGUACCACAACAUAAUCUGCAUCCUUCAACAGCCAGUGUACCAAAUGCAACAACAUUUAAUAGAACAAGGACUUACUCAUCAGAUUCACAAGCAUCUGACUUUCCUGAACAACAGCAACAGCAUCAGUCUUUAGGUAAUCUCCGACGCCCCAGUGGUAUGGCGACUCAGCUUCAGCCAGAGUAUGUCAAAACCAUAAUAUCGUGUCUAUACAUGUUACUUGUCACUUGGAUCACAGCCAUCGUCAUGGUCUUCGUGCAUGACCGCGUUCCUGAUAGGGAGCGCCAUCCUCCAUUGCCAGAUAUAUUUCUCGACAAUGUCCCACAUAUUUCAUGGGCAUUUCAGUUAUGUGAGAUAACGAUCAUUUUACUUACUACAACAUGGAUUAUCAUCUUGUUCUUCCACAAACACAGAUCAAUUGCUAUUAGAAGAUUCUGUGCUUUGUCUGGUUCUGUGUUCUUACUACGCUGUGCUACCAUGUUCAUCACCAGCCUCUCAGUGCCUGGCUCUCACCUGGAAUGUGCUCCUAGGGAUCCUAGUGACCUUGCGACCCAGCUACAGCAGGCAUGGAUCAUAUGGCAAGGUGGAGGACUCAGCAUCAAGGGCGUGCGCACAUGUGGGGACUAUAUGUUCAGUGGACACACCACAGCUCUUACAUUGCUCAAUUUUUUCAUAACAGAAUAUACUCCCAGAAGAAUGUAUUAUCUUCACAUUACCUCAUGGGUCCUCAACACCUUCGGGAUAUUCUUUAUCCUGGCUGCGCAUGAGCACUAUUCCAUCGACGUUUUCAUUGCCUUCUACAUCACCUCCCGCAUGUUCCUCUACUACCACUCACUGGCCAAUAACAGGGCUCUGCAUCAAAGGGACUCCUUCAGAACAAAAAUUUGGUUCCCAAUGUUCAGCUACUUUGAGGCCCAGAUUGACGGGAUUGUGCCCAACGAGUAUUCAAACCCACUUUCCAGAUCUAACAUUCAGCAAUUUUGGAAGACUUUAAUCAUUACUCUGUCUGAGAAUUUAUUCAACAAUAACUUAAAAGAGAAAGAUGAUUGAACAAGAGAACAUAAAAAAUGCUCUUCAAAGCUUUGUGGUAAGGAUCAAUUAGAAUGAUUUCAAGGUUGUGAUAAUGCUCAAAUUUUUUAUAUGAGAUACAGUUUUAUUCCUGAGCAUAAAUACUUCAUAAUUCCUAGUUUGGCAUUAACAUUGUAGUAGACAUUGAAAAUAGUUUUUAUAAU